GGGCGAUUAGGGUUGCCGAUACUCCACCGUACCACCGUUAAUAUCCGAAUUUGAUAAGUAGCCGCUCUUCUUAAUCUCACUUCCUACAUUUCACCUCUACUGCAUCCACCAACUAACAGAACAACAUGGCUGAAUCAAACAUGUCGCAGCGAGCCGGUCAGGCCGUCGAAUCAGCAAAACAAGUCCCUUGGCACGUCAUGUCCGAUACAUGGUCUCCCGCCACCAACCCCAACGGCUAUGUCAACGUCGGCGUCGCGGAGAACAUGCUGAUGCACGAUACGCUGCUGGAGUAUAUCAACACAAAACUCAGUCUCCCAGCAAAAUAUCUUACUUACCAUGACGGCGCGACGGGGUCAGAUCGUCUCAGACGCGCUAUCGCGGGUUUCCUGAAUAAGCAUUUUCAACCGGCUCAUCGCGUGGUUAGCGAUCAUUUGGCUGUGACUAACGGUGUUUCCUCGGCUAUUGAGCAUGUCUCGUGGGCAUUUGCGGAUCCGGGCGAGGGGAUUCUCCUGGGAAGACCGUACUACGGAACGUUCAUCCCCGAUAUGUCGCUCCGGCCUAGUACGGCGGUUAUCCCCGUUGAGUUCCAGGACUGUGAUCCAUUCAGCCUCGAAGCUGUGGAUCGAUACGAGAAGGCGUUGCUCAAUUUCCAGGAGAAGUCCGGUCGACGAGUCCGCGCGCUGAUGCUCUGCCACCCGCAUAACCCGCUGGGACGGUGUUAUCCCCGCGAGUCUUUAAUUAAGUUGAUGCGACUGUGUCAGAAGUAUCAGAUGCAUUUAAUCAGCGAUGAGAUCUAUGCCAUGUCUGUGUGGGAGAAUACAGUUGAUGAGUUGCAGACUCCUCCCAUGCCGUUCGAGUCUGCUCUUUCGAUUGAUACGACCGGUAUCAUCGACCCGGCUUUCGUGCAUGUGCUAUGGGGUAUGAGUAAGGAUUUCGGGGCAAACGGCUUGCGACUGGGCGUAAUCGUCUCACAGAACAAUACGGAUCUUCACAUGGCAUUAAAGGGUGUGACCUUGUACAGCUAUUCCUCCUCCGUCUCAGACCAUCUGGCUUCCAUAAUCCUAGAAGACCAUGACUUCACCGACCGCUAUAUCCAGCAAAAUCGACAGAAACUCUCCGAAUCCUACGCAUUUGCUGUCCAAUUACUCAAGAACAACGGCAUCGAGCACGCUGCCGGUGGCAACGCCGCGUUCUUCCUCUGGAUCGAUCUGGGUCGGAAAUAUCGUGAGGUACACCCGGAUGAGCCCGAGGAUUCCGAUGUUGGUGAUAAGGUGAUGGCAGCGCUUAUGGAGAAGAAGGUGUUUGUAUCGAGUGGGGCUUUGUUCGGGUCAGAACAUAGUGGAUGGUUCCGGCUUGUGUUUUCGCAGCCGCGGGAGUAUAUCGAGGAGGCGUUGCGGAGGGUCAUGUUGGCGAUGGAAUAA